AGGUGAUGCUCCGAGUGAUACCAUCCAGCACCCCCAGUGAUACGGCUACCUUUGUCACAGUGGACACCAAGAAGAAGCAAGUCACACUCUUCGACCCAUCCUUCCUGACCGGUCAUGUAUCUACAGCGGGUCGAAGGGCCGGUGUGGCUGCCCCCAAGAUGUUUGCCUUUGAUGCCGUCUUUCCCCAGGAUGCAUCACAGGCUGAGGUGUGUGCAGGCAGUGUGGCCGAUACUGUUCAGGCUGUAGUCAAUGGAGCGGAUGGUUGUCUCUUUUGCUAUGGUCAUGCCCAUUUGGGCAAGACAUAUACCAUGAUUGGUUCGGAUGAAUCUGUCCAAGGAAUAGGUGUGAUUCCAUGUGCCAUAGCAUGGCUCUUCAAACUAAUCAACGAAAAGAAAGAAAAGACAAGCACAAGGUUCUCAGUUCGUGUCUCCGCUGUGGAGGUUUAUGGGAAGCAAGAGAAUCUCAGAGAUCUUCUGAUCGAACAAGCAAAUGGGAGUAAUAAUGGGUGCGGCACAUCACCGGCCCUCUAUCUCCAGGAGGAUCCCAUCUGUGGGGUGCAGCUUCUGAAUCAGAACGAGCUCAGGGCACCCACCGCAGAGAAGGCAGCGUUCUACCUUGAUGCUGCUAUUGCUACUAGACUCACUAAAGGAAAGAAUGAGGAGGCACAUGACGGAAGAUACUCUCAUAUGCUCUUCACGCUUCACGUCUACCAGUAUCGCAUUGACAAGUCAGGCAAGGGUGGAGUGAUCGGUGGGCGGAGUCGUCUUCAUCUUAUAGACCUUGGGAGUGGUGAUCGGGGAGGGGGUAGAGCGGCUAACGGCGCUGCACUGUCAUUCUCGGCCCUCGGUAACGUCAUACUAGCAGUCUUGAACGGGCAGAAGCACAUACCCAAUAGGGAUAGCAUGCUAACGAGGCUGUUGCGAGAGGCCAUGGGAAGUCUGUCGUGUAGGACGGUGAUGAUCGCACACGCUUCCGCCGCUAUUAACAACUAUGCAGAGACGCUAGGUACCAUUCAAAAUGCAUCCAGGAUACACCGUAUGAGGAAGAAGAAAUCAAAGUACUCUGGAACUAGUUCAAGUGGUGGUGAGAGCUCCUGCGAUGAGGGUAGGAUAAGAAGACGUCGGUACGCACCUCCAGCGAACAACGGGGUCUGUGUAACAGAUGCAGUCAACCAGAGUGACCCUGAGUACAUCUCCAGCAGUGAACAAUCCUGCGAUACUGUCAUCUAUGUAGGACCGGAUGGAUGUCCUUUAAGUGAUAGAGAAUUAACAGACAAUGAAGGACCACCGUCAUCACUUCCAAUCCUCAAGGGAUUGAGUUCAAGUGAGGAUGAUAGUAAAUGUGGGUCAUCGAGCGAUAGAGACAUUGAUGAGUUCCGAUGGGCCAAUGCCGAUUCUACAAAUGAGAUGUCAGGAAGAGACACAGAUACUGGCGGCAGUGAUGCCGAAGCAAGGACUACAAAAUCUCUAUUUGACAAAGGUGCUAGAUCUUCCAAAUUGACAUCAAAGAGCUUGAUCCCAAAGCUGUCCUCGUCUCCCAAGAGAACAUUUUCAGAUGAAUCCAAAAGAGCGCCUCCAGUUCCACCCAAGAGGUCGGAUAGCACAAAGGAAUCAAGUUCGUUAAACAGGAAGAAAUCAGCCAAAGAUGGCUUCUCAAGUGGGAAAACUAAGGUGAAUGGACACUCUUCAGAAAAGAAACUGAAACAUGACCCAAAGGUCAAUGGAAUCUCUGGGCCUGACAGGCCGCAGAAUUUCCCAAGCAAUCUAAAACCUCCCGCUGCCAUACACAAACCCAAACCUCUUCCAAAACCAAAGCCAAUCACAGUACCAAGACCAAAAGCUUUCAUCUCAUGCUCUGACACAGAGGCUGAAAACUACAUGUCUCAAGAAAGGCGAAAUGUUGGAAGGUCGUUUCUGUUAGUGGAAGAUGAUGAUGAUGAUAUGGCACAGGAGCUGAAUUGCAGGCCAACUGGAAAGUCUGCCUCGGAUGGGGAGUUGAAGGACAAUAGUACAAGUGAAGAUGAGCCUGAUGAGGAAGCACUAGCAGCAUUAGCUGGUUUGCCCCUGGUACCGAAUGGGCGUGGCAAUUUAUCUCCUGUCUUGGAAAUAGACGAUGCAGCUUCAGAGAAAGGUGAGGAAUGUCGGACCAAAGCAAAUGGAGAUAUGGAGGAUGAUGGUGAUGAACUGACAGCAGCUUUGAGAAAUGCAGAUGCUGACUUUACCACCCAGGCUGCCAAUCUUGCAGAGAACCCAGUUGUUGAGACACCUUCAGCAGUAGAUGUUUUGCCCCCUGCACUGUCUCCAAGAGUAGAGAGGCUCCUGUCACCUACUGCUCUUAAGAAGGCUGGUAUUGAUGCAGAAUGUUUGAUGAGGACCAUUCAUUCUUUAGAGGGUCUGUCUGAACUUUUGGACAAACCAAUCUCAGAGAUUUCAGAAGAUGACAUAUCAUCAUUAGCAUGCUCUGAGCAGGACACCUUGAGCUAUGUAUCAAGGGACACAGAAGAUGUCACUUCAGUUACUGACAUGUCAAUUGAUGACCUUCCUAUGGGGUCAGAAGCAAUGUGCUGCAUAAAAGAACUUGGAAGAAGGUCUCUGGAUUCUUACUCUGAGAACUUUUCUAUUAGUUUCAACGGAGCUAGUGUGGAUGCAUGCCUUAAUGAACCUCUCCUGUUGUUAGGUCAUGACGACAGACACAAACUAGGACUUGGUAACUAUGUCUACUCAGAUGAUGAGUCAGAGAUCGCUGAUGGGUCAAAUCGUACACGGCGGUCAGAGCGUCAAUCAGAAAAGGACACCUUUGAAUCUAUGUCAAUGGUUUCACGAGAUAUCGAGGCCAUUAAGCAACUCUACGUCAUAUCGAAUAUGAGCAAUGAAAAUCUAUCAAUUGAUGAUGAUAUGUCAGAAGAUCAAGUGCCCAAUCUGUCAUUUGGUGACUCCUUCUUGCAGGACGAGCCGUCUGUAGUCACUUACAUGACGAUCAAUAAUGAUGAACAGGUAGUAAUGAGGGAAAAGCAUUUGACUCUUGAUGAUCUUGAUCAUCCGUUGAGGAGACUAAGCUGCAUUAGUGAUGCCACAGAUGCCACCUUCAGUACAGCCUCCCGUCCAGCCAGCUUUGCAGAUCAGGAUGAUAUUACCCUUAUUGGUGACUGCAAUGAUGAGGACUCUAAACAUGAACCUACCUCACCCAAUACUAUCAAUCUCAUUAACAGCUUACAGAAUCUCCACAUGGAUGGCAUGAAGCACGGUAAUGGUUUCAUCAGACCACAGUGGUAUCAGAAUAAUCAUAAUGGAAACACGGCACAAGAGACAGGAAGAUCGGGAUACACUCCUUCAUCUUCCGAGACCUCGCCUGUGUGGCUUAGAAUGAACAUUCCAGUCUCUUCAUCGGCAGAGCAGAAAGGCAAACAAGGUCAGUCCUUCAGUGGAGUACCAAAGGGUGGCUGCUCAAACAGAGUGGUCUCCCAUCUAGACACCAAUGUCAUUCUUCCAAACGGAAUACGACAAGCCCUUCCGACUCGUUUGCUGACUGAAGUCUUGAGUAAUUCAAGCCCAGCGUCUUUCUAUAAUAGUCCUCAGCAUCAGGCUACUGUUAAUUCAGUCCAAGCCCGGAGUGUCUCACUCUCCCAGCAACCUUCUCCUCAUGUUCUAAGUGCUGCAAUCCAAAGUGCUAAACAUCAUAUGGCUGUGAAACAGGACAUGCCCAAGAUCCACUGUCUAGCUGAUCUGGAGAAGUUGUAUGGCAUCGAUAUCCGCAAGCCCGACGGUGCGGCUACGGAAGAUGUGAAGAGCGAGCCUAUCCCUUUGGAUCACCAUGUAUUUGAUGGAGGCAAAGGAUGUGACAUUUCAAGCAUGGAGCGUCCUCCUGCAAUUGGUGCCUGCUCUGCACCUCCCUUUGAGGUAGAAAUGAAUCCAUGUUUCUCACAAGAGUAUGAUGAUGCACUGCUGUCCGGUGAGGUUAGGGAGACAAUUGCCAUGGUGCAUCAGCCUCCAAAAGUAACUGUAAGCGAGGCUAGGACUAGGAAACUUGCAACAAGGAAAGAGAGUUUACAAUCAGAGGCCAGCAGUGUAUCAAAGAGUAGUGAUUUAACUGUUCAAAGCUGUCCAGUGAGUAGAUUACCACAACCAAGUCAUCAUGGGACACCCUCCAAAGGCUUCGCAGUCUCCAAAACGUCUUCCCGCACUGGCAAGCCUCCAAACAAAUCCAGGGAAGAGAACCAUUCAGGAAAGAGUGCACCUACGUCUUCCAAAAAGACUGCACAAACAAGUAGGAUACCCCAGAAACCUCAGGCAAACACUCGCAGUCAAACCCCCAAAUCAAGUGCCCUCCCUGUCCGGAAAUCCCUUAGCAAGUCAGCACCAUCACUUUCCAGGACAAACCAAACCCCGGCAAAGAUUCCGGUCACGACCGUCACAUCGGUCGAUGGCACUUCUGAUCCACCCCCUAACAUGCGCAAUGCGAACAACAACAUAGCCCAGCUUCAACCUGGUAGUCGGCUAACAAACUCCUCUGACAGCAGCAACGAUAGCGGCAUAGCUUCCAGUGAGAAUGUCACCAACUCCAAACCUGCUAUUCUCUCGCCAUACUCCACUGUCACAAAGCCAAGGACGACUAAGAGUUCCAGCAGCGGACACGGUAGCGACAACAGCAGCACCUUCAGUGACAGUGUCCCUGCUACCAAAGGCAUCCGGAGGGUGCACGGUGCUAGUGGAACCAGUAGUGGUUAUGAGAGUAUGCUGAGGGAUAGUGAGAAUACAGCUAGCUGUUCUUCUGCUCAUGACUCGCUGAGUGAAGGAUCCUGUGGAAGGGUGAAAGGCAGCAAACUACCAAGAAAAAAGUUUGGAGGUGCGAGGAGAAGUCGUAGCGUUCCCCGAUCCUCGGCUUCUGAUUGUGGCCCAUCUACGGGAAGCAGCAAGUCAAGUCGCCGGAAGGACCUUCCCCCUCGACCCAUCUUGCCCAGCGAAGAAGGUGUGGAACUCAAGGUCUAUGAGGUCGAUGACCCUCAUCGUAUCCAGCAACAAAGACCAGAGACGAUCAAGGAUACUGGUGUUAUUAACACUAAAUCACCGAGUAAAUCAGCCAGUAAAUCACCUAGUAAAUCACCUAAAAAGGCUUGUGACACUAACACCUUGGCUAGCACUGGGUCUAAUGGUGCUCCACCCAAACCAGAGAGAUAUGAGAGAGCUGGCAGGCCAGAGACUUGUGAGGAAGCAAGCGGCUCCUCCUCGUCGUCCCUGAGCCGUCACCACGAGUUGCGGGCUCAACUGGCCUUGGCCGAGGCCCAGCUCCAGGAGGGCCAGAGCCAGUGCCCCUUUGAGCUCCACGUUCUGGAAGAAGUGGAGUCCCAGUUCGGGGAGCUCACCCCUUCGCCCAUGGAGGAAGAGACAGCCCGCCUGGAAGAGCGAUUGAUCAAUUGUCGGGCUCAUCUGGCCAUGAUCAAGUGCCUCAACCUCCUCUGCUGCUCACCGAAGAGACACAAACCCAGUCCAACUUAGACAGCAUAGAGGCCCUUAAAGAAGAGAUGUCAGAUUGCCAUAACGAACAAUGUUCCGGUUCAGCGCAGGAGUUAUGCUCACUGAAGAAACAGAAACCAAGUCCAACUUAGGCAACACAGGGGCUGUUAAAGAAGGGAUGUCAGAUUGCCAGAAUGAACAAUGUUCUAGUUCAGCGCAUGAGUAAUGCUCACAGAAGAGACACAAACCCAGUCCAACUUAGUUUAAAGGCUCUUAAAGAAGGUAUGUCAGAUUGCCAGAAUGAACAUCGUUCCAGCUUAACGUAGGAGUGAAGCAACGACUGACUUAGACAUACUUCAUUACUGCUAACUGGAGAGACACAAACCCAGUCCAACUUGGAUAGCACAGAGUCUCUUAAAGAAGGGAUGUCCGAUUGCCGGAACGAAAAUCAUUCCAGCUCAACGUAGUAGUGAAGUCAUGACUGACUUUCUUAGACAUACUUCAUUACUGCUUACUGAGAGACACAAACCCAGUCCAACUUGGAUAGCACAGAGUCUCUUAAAGGAGGCAUGUCAGAUUGCCAGAACGAACAACGUUCUAGUUUAGCGCAGGACUAAUGCUCACAGAAGAGACCAAAUCCCAGUCCAACUUAGACAGCACAGACUCUCUUAAAGGAGGGAUGUCAGAUUGCCAGAACGAACAACGUUCCCGUUCUGUGCUGGAGUGAUGCUCACUGCAGAUACACAAACCCAGUCCAACUUAGAUAGCACAGAGGCUCUUAAAGAAGAGUUGCCAGAUUGGCAUGUCAGAUUGCCAUAACGAACAAUGUUCCAGUUCUGCGCAGGAGUGAUGCCACGACUGUCCUUCAAAGAAAUCCUUCGUUGAAUAAUGAUUGGAUGAUGCACACUAAAUGUUUCAAUAAUUUAUUUCUGAAGCAACCAAAUUUAAUAAAAUUUGCUGCUUUGACAUGGAGCUCAUAUUUGCUGAAGGCUUUUUAAGAUGAAUUUUCAUAUUAAUCCGUUGUCUUUGGUUUGCUACCAGAAAUUAAGAGAAAUUGGGCCAACCUGAUAAGUUGAAGAAAGGUUAAAAGAAAGAAAGGGAAUAGAUGAUUCUGGUUAAUGAGUAAUCCAGUUCUUGAGUGAGGGAGGAAAAUGUUAUGUUCGUUUGAUGCCUCUUUUCCUAGAACUCAUAUUUAAGCUAAGCCAGAUAUAAGAAUUAAAAUGAAUCCAUAGAAACGUAGGGUACCUUAAUGACUGUGGCUUCUACUGCUUUCUCGCAUGGGGUAUUUCACGGCCACUUAGCAGGUAUCCCAUUGUUUCGUCUGUGUGGGUAUUGAAGGAUGGCAAGGGAAAAGAUGAUGAUUUGGAUUCUCACCAGAAGCUGCAGCUUGACAUGGCUGAGACUGGUGCUAACUGUCCACAUGCUGCUAUUGCCAAUUUGCACAAAAUAAUACACAUGAAUUGCAUUGAGCUGCAAUUCAUCUGGCAUGCCGAGGGAUAAGGUAUUAAAUAUCUUAAAUCAAAUCCACAAAUAGGUAAAGAGCAUUGAAGAAAAUCCCAAAAGAACCUUUAACUUUCGUGAUCUAUCUAAUACCAACCUCAUCUUCUGAUUUAGAACGUCUGGGUAUUAGAAAAGUUGAGAAUGUUAAGUAUUUGUUCGGGUAAACCCCCCUUGGUUUAGGAUUUUCAAAAAAUGGCAAAUGGAUAAAAGGUUGUCUAUCUCCAAUGUAUUUGUCUUACCAGCCUGGCCAUCUGUUUCAUCGAGUCUCCAAAAACUAAGUUGUAGAAUAUCACAUUACAAGAGGGUUUUAGAAUAAUGUGUAUUAGUUUGCUGAAAAAAGCAUAAUCCUUUGGCUUUGGAUUUUCAAAGAAAUUACAAAAGGAUUAAAGGUUGUUUAUCUGCAAUAUAUUUGUGUUAUUUCUCACAUUAAAAGUGCAGGUGUCGUUGUAUCAAUCCAACUAAAUAUGCCACUGUCACAAAAGGUUAUUUUUGUUGACUACUACAUUUCAUUUCAAUAAUGGAAAUAUGGUGCUGUCUUUUUAUACAAUCUUUGCAAGUUUUCUAACAUUGUUAGUAUAAACUAAUUACAAGUGGGUUGUUGUGUUUUUUUCAAAUGAAUGGCAAUUCUACAUCAUGUUGCAUAUAUAGCUAGAUAGUACUUUUCUCAUUAUAGACAAAAAAAAAAUCAUUCAGCCCUUCGUCUCCCCCCCCCCCCUUCCCCCUGUGUUGUAGCAACCAUAGGCAUCUCUGCUUUUAUUGUAAGCCAUAUGAAACAAAGCUGGUCAAAAUUGAUGUGUCCCUCACCCUGUUUUUGUACAGUCCAGAAAUGCCAUUGGUUCUUUUCAUACAAAUUAUAUUUGUAUUUAUAAAAUGUACAUAGUUAUACAUAUUUCAUCUAUUUAUCAUUACCAUGACAAUAUCACCGUAAAAUGAGUCAUUUUCAAGGAAUGAAUUGAUAUUAUUUCCUGUUGAUUUCUUUAGCAACAAAUUUUCUGUCUAUGAAUGCAUUCUUAAUAAUUUAUGACACGUUAUAUCGACUUUGUAAGCAAUGGGAUGUAAUAGUAUUCUAGUGUUUCACUAUUUUUUUUCAAGACUGUCCCAUGAAUUUUAGUUUGAGAAUUAGAGACCAGUAUUGAAUGCACAUGACUUGCCUUCUAUAUCUCUCGCAAGUGCAGUGAGAGAAAUUAUUUUGUAGAUAGAAAUAUUCUCUUGUAUAUAACUAAGAAGAAAAAAGAUAUUCAGGCAACUUGGACUAGAUUUUUCUAUUCUCUUUUGGCACAUUCUAUGCAUUUAUACACAAGGAUAUAAUUUCUAUCGUUGAAUCAGCAAAUACAAGAUGAAAUGAUCUUUAUAUAUAUAUAUCUAUACACAAUUUAAUGUCUUUUGGAAUCCCAAAUGCGAGACAUUUAGGCUUGUUGAUUGAUGAAAAAGCUACUUUGAUGAAAUCUGAUAUGCAUUACGAACAUUAUUUCAGAUCAAAUUGACUGAUUAUUUGGUUUUAUGUGUAGUGAACAUCAAUUAUGAGAUAAUUGCGGAUACUUUCUAGAUGAUUAGGUUUGGAGAGGUUUAUAGAAAUAUAGAAUAUACAUUUAGAAAUGUCUCACAGAUGUAUUUAAAGAAUUCUGUACAGCAAGUCUUUCAUGCUUUCACAUCUAACGUAUGAUAAUUAAGGAGAUGAUGGGAAAAAAGUUGAAACUUUUUUCAUCUUGGCAUUUAAAGGAUUUUUGUACACACCAAAUUUUGAGUUCCCUGUUUAAUCAGUCUGUAAUUGAUAAAAGAAGAAAAAAAAAAUAUAUGAUGUCGAACAGUUUACUAGGUUUAAGUACUAUUCCACUGAAAGACAGAAGUUUGUGUGUGUAUGUUUGUGUGUGUGGUUUAUGUGUGUCUUUAAGGUUUAGAGUGACAUGUUUUGCUGCUCGUUAUGGUACCUACAUCUCACGAGGCUGGCUGAAAGUUUGAUUUGAAUUACAGCAGUUAAAAAAAAAACAGCCAGUGUCUUGGAAAGACAGCCACUUGCUGCAUGAUUUGUACACCUGGGGGCCGUUUCACAAAACGUUAAGUGUGACAUAAAGUCACACUUGAAUUCCCAGUUGGGUGUGGUUUAACAAGGCAUUACCGCGUUACAUAUUGUUAUGUGCGCGUCACCAUUUUUAAGUACGAUUCUAAGUCACACUUUACUCUUUGUGAACCCCUCCUGGUUUUUAUUUUAAAUUUGUUUACAUAUUGAAUGUAUGUAUGUCUGAAUGUCACAGUCUACCCCUUUAUUUAUUACCAGUGAAAAAGAAAAUGCAAGAUAUUUUAGCACAUAAGAAUGUAAAUACCGAUGAUGUAGAAAUAAGAAAUCAGAGAAAUCCUAAAUCUUGUAUAGUUAUAAAUCAUGCAGACAGAAGAGAAUUUUAUGUGCAGUAAUCGUCUUUUGAAAGGCAGAAUUUAAUUCAUGUUUUACUAUGACAAAAGUUCAAGAAGAGGCGAGAAGAAUGAUUAUUAUAUGAGGUAGGAUUGAUAAUGUUUUGAUUAGAUUAUAUUUGCAAUAUGAUUUAUUAGAAUGUGUAUCACGUUCGUUUUGCAAAUGCAAAAAGGCGGAAAGAUGGAACUUUUGUGUGUACAAACUUGUGUGACAGUGGUCGGUUAUUAAAUUCCACCUUGAAUAAGAGAAAA